CAACAUUUAGUGUUAACCACAAAUGGGCUAACCUCAGCUGAUCAGGUUAGACAACAUGAUGCAGAACACAAGGGUGAACCAAUUCAGAGCGAAGGCGGUCUUCAAAAUGAAAAGGAGAGAGAGCUGGCAAGCUUUUAUAAGCCCGGCUCGCGUCGGGCCGCUCGGGGGAAAGAGCUCGAGGUGCGCGCUGCAGCUUUAAGAGCCUCCCGCGGCCGCUCGGGGAUGCUGCGCGCGCUCCAGGUGGCGGGGUGCUUCCCCCGUGCAGAUGUGCGCGAGCGAGAGCACGCGAGGCAGUGCACCGGCGGGUCCCGAGCGCCUCGCUGAAGCAGCGCCCCCCGGGCUUUCCGCUUGAACGACACGGACUGCGGCCCCCGGCGCCGGCUGAUACAUUUCUUCAGAGUGCGGAGCUUUUUUUUCCCCACCCCUACCUCGGACGCCUGUCCUGUCGCAGACUCCGGGCAUCUUCCUACGUGGUGCGCGAUGUGAGAGCCGGAUUCUCCUCACGCUGGGCGAGCUGGAGAUGGAGCCCCGACUGGCCAGCUGGCCAGGGCUGUGGCCGCAGUGACCGGUCCGGCGAGGCAGUAGCCCCGAGGACCCCUGGCAGGAGUCUCAGCGAUGUGUGGCGCCUUGGCCGCCUUCCUCCUCCUCACCGUCUCGGUCCUCUGGAGAACGGAGUUCGCUUCAGGGAAGACCAUGAAAGACACAGUGGAGGAAUGGAACGCGUACAGGAACGAGUGUCUCAGCAAGAUGAGAAGUGACCCCAGCCCCCAAGGCCUGGUCUGUAAGCGUAUGUUUGAUAUGUAUGCCUGCUGGACGGAUGGAUUGCCAAAUACAACAGUCAAAGUGCCCUGUCCGUGGUACCUCCCGUGGUAUGAACAAGUCCAGAGUGGCUUUGUGCUGCGUGAGUGUGGGCCGGAUGGGCAGUGGCUCACCAACAACACCAGCGCCACCUGGAGGGACCAUUCCCAGUGUGACUGGGCUGACAGCCUGCAGCAGGAGAAGCAGAUGAUGAUCUUGGCCUACUUCAAAGUGAUGUACACUGUGGGCUACUCGCUCUCCCUCGCUGGCCUGACUCUCGCGUUUACCAUCCUGCUCAUCUUCAGGAAGCUGCGAUGCACUCGGAACUACAUCCACACCAACCUCUUCGCUUCCUUCAUCCUUCGGGCCGUCUCCAUCCUGACGCGGGACGCCCUGCUCAUGAGGGAGGCCAGGGAAUUCGGGGACAAUCGCGAUUUCGUGCUGAGCGACCAGGCUCUCUCUGGCUGUCGGGUGGCCCAGGUCCUCAUGCAGUACUGUGUGGGGGCUAAUUAUUGCUGGCUGUUAGUGGAAGGGCUCUAUUUGCACAACCUGCUGGUGCUCAUGGUCUUCUCCGAGAACAGCUACUUCUGCGGAUACCUGGUCAUCGGCUGGGGAACCCCAGUGCUGUUUGUGGUGCCCUGGACUGUUGUCCGAUAUCUGUAUGAAAACAAAAAAUGCUGGGAGAUGAAUGAAAACAUGGCCUACUGGUGGAUUAUUCGCUCCCCGAUACUGUUCUCUAUUUUGAUCAACUUUUUCAUUUUCAUUCGUAUCAUAAAAAUCCUUGUCUCCAAACUGACGGCACAUCAGAUGAGGUAUACAGAUUACAAAUUCAGGCUGGCCAAGUCCACCCUGACUCUCAUACCUCUCCUGGGCAUUCACGAGGUGGUGUUCGCCUUCAUCACGGAGGAGCAGGCCGCGGGCACACUGCGCAACGUGAAGCUCUUCUUCGAGCUCUUCUUCAAUUCGUUCCAGGGUCUGCUUGUUGCUGUCUUGUACUGCUUUGUGAACAAGGAGGUGCAGUCGGAAAUCAAGAAGAAGUGGCAGCGAUGGAAGCUGGGAAUGAGCCUGCUGGAGGAGUACCGCCUCACCUGCAGCAAUGUGCCACAGGGGGGCGCCGGCAACAGCACAGGCAGGUGCCACUGCCACCUCAAGCCGCCAGGCCAGGGGGCAGCACACUGCAACGCCGGCUGCACCUGCUCUUCAGACAGCUCCUCCUGCAACCAGCAUCUCCACCCCAGUGCCAAGAUGGGCAAGUCUUACUGCUACUUUUCUGCCCACAAGCAGGCGCCCAGCAACCUGAACUGUAGCCCACAGGACAAUGGCGGGGAAGGCGUUCUGGCUAUGUACACAGAGAGCUACUGCUGAAAGGAAGUGGAGUCUAGAUAAGAUGGGCUUGAUCUUCGUCUCACUUGCAGUAGGACUGUGCAUUUCAGUUGAGUCUGAUCAUGCAGAAACCCAGUUCAUAGGCAAUGUAUCACACAGCCCCUGAGAACCAGGAGUCCAGAGAGUGUGGGGGAAGGACUCUACGGAGACGUUGAUCAGGGCUGAGGAGCUUGUUUUAUCCCAGUUUUGGAUUAGGACACCUCAGAACCUUUUUUCUACCUCUUGCACUAUGUUCUUUACAAGACAAAUGGGUUCCACUUUGCUAAGCGUGGAUGCUCCACAACGGAAGAGCUUAAGGUAUUGCUUGCAACUGCCAAGACAUGGGAGAGUGUAAAUCCAAGGAGAUCAACUUACUUCAGCAAACGCCGAGUGCAGCAGGGAACUGCUCCUGAAGAAGGCCCCCUGAUGAAGGGAUGCUGCAACAGUGCGGACAGGGUUUUGUCCAAUGCUCUCAAACUUUGUAGAACAAGAUAUUAGCCGCCUUAAUCAGAUCUGGGACACAGAGCUAAAACGAACUGCAAUUAUUAAACGGCCAUGGAAAGACACAAGAAAGGGCAUAUGGGCACAGUGCCUGAGAGUUCAGAGAACGCAAGACACCCUUGGCAGAAGGUGCAUGUGGGGCUGGCCACGCCCAGCGCUGCAUCACAGCCCCUUCGGCUCGAACCCCUGAGCUGCUGUGUGGCCAAGUGCAGUGAUGUGGGAGGCUGAAGGUACUGUAGCAAAGCAAAGCUGUCAGGAAAGAGUUCAUGACAACAGGAGAUUCGGCGGGUGGAAUCCCAACUUCCAUUUCUACACCUUAAAAACAAUGUUCAAAAGAAAAACAAAAUAAAGAUCUGCGACAUUAAGUCUCUGCUCCAUUGGUCUUUGAUUCUCUGGAUUGAAACUACUUUUUACUUGGAGCCUCAGAUUGUAAUGCCUCAAGGGCUACAGAGGUGCUGAACCCAACCGUGCCUGCAAAUUCUCCAGCCCUGGGGCUCUUGGUGACGGCACCUAUCACUACUGCCGAACAGUCCACGUUGUAUCCCCUGGAACAAUGCAUUCUGUCAGCUCACGGUCUCUGAGAAAUUCACUGAAGGGAUCGCUGUUCAUGCCAUUGCCAAGCUCUACGGAGGAGAUAUUACUAAAUGAAGCACAGAAGAGAUUAUUUAACGUAUCCUUGGGAAAGGAUUUAGUUGCAUGGGCAAGAAAUAGAUAUGAAAUCAAAUUUAUGUCUCCAGAACUACUAAAAUCUGAAAUAGUUGAGGAGGUUCACCUCCUUUACAGGUAUUUGGAUUUCGAGUGAAGGGGAAUUAUAGGCAUUGUUGUGGUUUCAAUCAAAUGUUCUCUUAUAAAACUGUCCAUGGAUUAACUCCCCAGUCAGCGCAGUGUGUACAUCAGAAGCCCAUGUCUUUUCUCUUGUACAAGUCCAACUGUUGCUUCAGAGGUGGAUUACUGUAUGAACGUGGCACCAACCUUUACACACUGCAAGUUCCCACUCGGCUGUAAAACAUCACGCAACUCCACUGAAAGCACUAGAAGCGAUCCUUUGACUUUACUCCAGAAUACGAAAAAAGUCUGUAAGUACUGUACUGUAUUCCAUCUAAAAACACGUACAUCUGAGUUUAAGGAAAAUUGGAGACAGGACCCAAUUUGAACCCCUGAAGGAGGUUCCACUCUUUCAAGAAAGGUUUGGCGGAAGAGAAUAAUAUUCCUCAUGCUUCUCCAGUCGUAUUGCUGGUCCUUCAGUUGGGAUUGGAAGAUCGUCAAUGUUCCUCCUUCCCCAGGGCUAUAUCACUUUAUCCGCCUCCAGAGCAUCACUGAACACUCCACACCAAAACCGCGGCACGUGGAUCAGUCACGUGACAAGCCUUGCCUUUUCCAACCCAGGCAGUCGGGAUGACCCCUCGUGUUAUUUCAUUGUCUCAGGAUCAUGUGGGGACGCAGACUCUGCCGUCCUGGAGACUGUGAAGCACUGGAACUUUGUUUGGCCACGUUUGCUUGCUUUUCAGAUCCUACUUGAAGCACAACAGAAAAAUGUUACAUUUUGUUACAAAAAAUUACAUUUACUGUGAUGAUUGCAGACAAGGAUCAGAAAAGCAUCAGGUCAGGCUGGAACGCACCGCAAUCCUCGUCUUCUGACAGUAACUGCGGCAAAGGAGCGCCCCCUAGCGGCGCUAAAAAGCCAUAAGGCCAGCUAAAGGCCAAAGUAAAGCGAACGCUGUGAGCUUUAUGUCGUAAAACCAAAUUGAAAUUUUAAGUAUUUUAUUGAAAUUUGAAAUGUUAUGCUUUUGUGAUUUUAUCUUUUUAUAUUUUGGCAUUCGUUUGUGUUUCGAAUGCAGAACUGUUAAAUAUUUUCUUUGCUUCAUUAAAUAAAUCUUAUUGCCAAAGUAAAAGUGCCCGGUUUGAGCCUU